UCUAGCAGUUGAACUAACCAUGUUAUUAGCGGAAGUAGCAGCAGGAUGAUGGCGCCUGCUCCUGACAGCAGCGACUCCCCCUGCGCGUGUAAAGGCGUCCGCCGCUGUCUCGUGUGUGAACAGAUUAAGGGAAAGGGUCAGUUGGAGCCGAGUGAUCCUGAGGUUGUGCAUCAUUUUCUCUACAAUCCUGAGACAAGACUGGCUGUUUGCGAUGAUGCAGAGGCUUUGUCCUUUCCCUUUCCUGGUGUCUUCCUGUGGGAGAACUUCAUAUCAGAAGCGGAGGAGAAGGCGCUGAUAAGCUCAAUGGACCAGGAUGUGUGGAAUCAUUCCCAGUCUGGGCGAAGGAAACAGGAUUUUGGUCCAAAGGUGAACUUCAAGAAAAAGAAAGUACGUGUGGCUGGCUUCAGUGGACUCCCUGCUUUAAGCCAAAAACUAGUGCUCAGGAUGCAGCAGGAGCCAAGUCUCUCAUGCUUCCAGCCAGUGGAGCAGUGCAAUCUGGAUUACCAUCCUCAGCGAGGCUCUGCCAUCGACCCACACCUCGACGACUCCUGGCUGUGGGGGGAGCGCCUGGUCACCAUCAACAUGUUAUCAGACACGACGCUCACCAUGUCGCUUGAACAGGGUCUGCCUGAGCUGGGACUCGGAGGGGAUGUCCAGGUAGCCUUGCAUCUCCCUCGCAGAUCUUUGGUGGUGUUGUACGACGAGGCACGGCACAGGUGGAAACACGGCAUUCACAGGGAGGAUGUUCAUGAUCGUAGAGUUUGCAGCACUUACAGAGAGCUGUCUGCAGAGUUCUUACCUGGAGGGCAGCAGGCGGAGCUGGGAACGCAGCUGUUGAACAUGGCUUUGAGUUUUCAAGGAACUCCAAUAUGAGCUGAUCGGAUGAUGGCAAGGGAAAGCUGUACAACCAGUGAUGGGAGUCUGGACUACAUGGACAAGUCUUGAACUGUUCCGCAUUUAAGCAGAAUGAAGAUGUGUCCUGCACAGGGCUGAAGGCUUGAAGUUCAAACCUGUGACUCCUCUUCAAAUGCAACAGUUAACAGAGGAUACACAACACUGUCAUCACCAGUUCCUUUCCUCUACGAAAUUGACCAGUUGACCAGUGCACAAUCGAUUUUUUAAUAUGAAUGUGAAGAUUGCAAAUGAUACAGCUGCUGCUGUGGCUUAAAAUCAAGGAAGAAGAAGAGGAAAACAAAACAUCAUUACUGCAUAGGGUCUUGACUUGUGGACUUAAAAUGCUGUUAUUGAUUCCCUUUUGUCCUGUGGCUGUUUGACUAAGUUUGUCCCGGUUAAUAUUUUGACCUGAACUCUGUUUGUCCAAAACCUGUCAAAAGCAAUUGAAGGCACUCCAGGUUUGGUUUGACCUGUGAGUCAACAAUGCUCCACGGAUUUGAGGCACUGAUUGGUUCAAAUCUGCACAACGACUAAGUCAAACGCUAAAAUGUAUGGACGUCCACGAGUAUGUUAAAAUGCAGUUGUUGCAUAGAAAAGAGAAAGGAAAAAAGAAAUGUGAAUUUUCUCUGUCAGGUGUUGGUUCCACCAUGACCUUCCAGAACAGUGUCAGUGGAGAACGCCGUCUAUCAAGUUGAGAUGUAGUGAGUGUGAAAGGCCAAUGAAUAUGAUUCAUGUCAUUUCAUACUCCUCAAACGAUUAAGUGAGCCAUUGUGUCCCAUAUGGGAGCUCCUGUGUAAAUGUUAUAAUCUCAUUAACAUCAUACACAUGGCAACUUCCUCUGUUGACUCCUAUGGUGUCGAUUCUCUUGCAACUACUAGUUGUUUCAUCAGAAAGAUUCUCCAUAUCCUCUAUAAACUGCCAAUGUGAUGAAACAGGCAAACAAUAUUUUGUAUGUCCUUGAUUUAUAUAAAUUUAGUGAUUAAAUUGUUUUUUUAAUCUUCUUGCUCUUCUUCACAAAUGAAGCUGUUAAUACUUUUAAUAACACAAAUAAAUUAUUUUUCAUGCA